CCCUUAAUACAUGUCAUCUGUGAAGCAUGGUGUCUUUAAAAUGGUGUCUUUAAAAUGGGUAGUUAUACAAUCAAGGUUUGGCUUUCAUGGAAAUGGGAUACUUCCAACCCGAAGAAGAAUGAAGGAAUUAAUAAUUAGGACGUGGCAUGAUUUCAAUUGUCAUGCAUGUUAGCAGCAAAGGGAACACUGCUCAUUUCUUUGAAGGAGUCUUUGUUGAAGGUGAAGUCUUAUUUUAAGAAUUUCGGUCUGCUGACAACAAGAGCCAGUAUCAUGAUAUGGAACAGCAAAGGUUGCGGCUCUUUGGAAAUUUUGUUUAGUUUGUGGUGGAGCACUGACAUUCCUGGCGGCGAUUGUGGUGGUUUGUUUUUUGCUCAAUUUUUCCUAUGGCGUUGCCUAGAGGCGAUUGACGUGGCUGGCCCAGCAAGACCACCAGCUGCAACGACUACAACUACAGGUUUUGGUGCAAUCGCCUUUUCCUUCAUCAAUCUCUGGUAGAAUUGGUUUACAAUACUUCCUGUCCGCUGCUGCUCCCGUUCGUCAUCGCCCAAGUAAUUUCACCCCCCUUUAAUUUGGUUUAGGGAUGUUGAUUAUAUAAUUUUUGCAUGUCUUCACACACAAUUCCAUGUUGAAUUGAAGCAAAGAUUUAUUUGUUCACGCAAAAGACCCAUGUUCCCCGUUCCUUUGAUUUGGUUUAGGGAUAUUAAUUUUAAAUUUUGCAUGUUAUCACUCACAAUUCUAUGUUGAAUAAGGCAAAGAUAUACUG